CUGAACUGCCUCCAGAAAAGAGCCCCUUAGUCAGGAACCACAGAAACAGCGGCGGCGGAGCAGGGGCAGAUGGUUUCUCCCUGAGGCGCUCCGCCCCGCUUGACAGGCUCCGCCCUCCUGGUCCCGCCUCCUCCUGGCACCCAGCGGACUCUCAGCCACAGCCGGCCGCGGGCAUCAUGGGCACAGCCUCGUCGCUGGUGAGUCCCACUGGCGGGGAGGUGAUCGAGGACACGUACGGGGCAGGCGGCGGCGAGGCCUGCGAGAUCCCGGUGGAAGUGAAGCCCAAGGCCCGCCUGCUGCGCAGCUCGUUCCGCAGGGGCGCUGGAGCCGGGCCCGGGUCGCUGCCUCGCGCGGCAGGGGGCGGCGGGCUGCUGGGCGCCAGCUUCAAGUCCACCGGCUCGUCUGUGCCCGAGCUAGAGUAUGCGGCGGCCGAGUUCGAGCGGCUCAAGAAAGAGUAUGAGAUCUUCCGGGUCAGCAAGAACCAGGAGUUGCUGUCCAUGGGCCGCCGAGAGGCCAAGCUGGACACCGAGAACAAGCGGCUGCGGGCGGAGCUGCAGGCACUUCAGAAAACUUACCAGAAGAUACUUCGGGAAAAAGAGGGUGCAUUAGAAGCAAAAUACCAAGCCAUGGAGAGAGCGGUCACAUUUGAACAUGACAGAGACAGGGUUAAAAGGCAAUUCAAGAUUUUUAGGGAGACCAAAGAAAAUGAAAUUCAAGACUUACUGAGGGCCAAGCGAGAGUUGGAGAGCAAACUUCAGAGGCUGCAGGCUCAGGGGAUCCAAGUGUUCGACCCUGGGGAGUCUGACUCUGAUGACAACUGCACAGAUGUCACUGCUGCAGGAACGCAAUGUGAGUACUGGGCCAGCAGAGCCCUGGGCAGCGGGCAUUCCAUAGGCAGCAUGAUCCAGCUCCCGCAGCCCUUCAGAGGCCCCGAGUUCGCCCACAGUUCUAUAGAUGUGGAAGGACCCUUUGCAAACAUCAACCGAGAUGACUGGGACGCUGCUGUGGCUGGUUUAUUACAGGCCACGCCCUUGUUCUCACGUUCCCUUUGGAGUCACCCUGUCAGGUGUUACCUCAUCUACACAGAUGAAACCCAGCCCGAAAUGGAACUGUUCCUUAAGGACCAUUCACCUAAACUUAAAAGAAUGUGCGAGACAAUGGGAUCUUUCUUCCUCGCUGUUUAUUUUCCAUUAGAUGUUGAAAAUCAGUACCUCACUGUAAGAAAAUGGGAAAUCGAGAAGAGUUCUUUAGUUAUUUUAUUCCUUCACUCAACAUUACCCAGUUUUUUACUGGAAGACUGUGAAGAAGCCUUUCUGCAAAACCCAGAAGGAAAGCCAGGAUUAAUCUACCACCGUUUGGAGGACGGGAAAGUCACUUGCGACUCUGUCCAGCAGUUCCUGGAUCAAGUUUCCAACCUAGGCAAGACCACUAAAGCCAAGAUCAUCGAACACUCGGGAGAUCCUGCAGAGGGAGUGUGUAAGAUUUACGUGGGUGUGGAAAAGAUUAUUAAACAGGACAUCCUUGGCCUCGAGAACACAGACGUGGAGGAGAAGGAUGGGGGCAGUGAGGAUUCCACUCCAGAAGAAGACGAUUUUGGGGAUGUUCUGUGGGACAUACACGAUGAGCAAGAGCAGAUGGAAGCCUCUCAGCAGGCUUCUAGCUCCGCCCAUGAACUGGGAUUCGAGAAGUAUUACCAACGCCUGGAUGAUCUGGUGGUGGCACCAGCCCCGAUCCCACCCCUCCUGGUUUCUGGCGGACCAGGUUCUGGGAAGUCCCUUCUUUUAUCAAAAUGGAUUGAGCUGCAGCAGAAGCAUUUCCCGAACACCCUGAUCCUGUCUCAUUUUGUGGGGCGGCCAAUGUCAACCAGCUCAGAGUCCUCCUUGAUUAUCAAGCGGUUGACCCUGAAGCUGAUGCAGCACUUCUGGGCAGUUUCUGCACUGACACUGGAUCCUGCUAAGCUUCUGGAGGAAUUUCCACAUUGGCUGGAGAAGCUCUCUGCCCGGCAUCAGGGCAGCAUCAUCAUCAUCAUCGAUUCCAUCGAUCAAGUUCAGCAAGUGGAGAAACACAUGAAGUGGCUGAUAGACCCCCUGCCGGUGAAUGUCAGAGUCAUUGUUUCUGUGAACGUGGAGACCUGCCCCACAGCGUGGAGGUUGUGGCCUACACUGCAUCUCGAUCCUUUAAGCCCCAAGGACGCCAUAUCUAUAAUAACAGCAGAAUGCCACUCCAUGGACAUGCCGUUGAGCAGAGAGCAGGAGAAGAUGCUAGAACAGCACUGCCGUCCAGCCACAACGCGCCACGCCCUCUAUGUCACCCUUUUCAGCAAGAUGAUGGCCUGUGCCGGGAGAGGGGGCAACGUAGCUGAAACCCUCCGUCAGUGCCUGCAGUGUCAGGACACAGUGUCACUGUACAAACUCGUCCUCCACCACGUCCGGGAGUCCAUGCCAAGUGACAGGGAUAAAGAGUGGAUGACACAGAUCCUCUGCCUCAUCAACGUUAGUCACAAUGGCGUGAGUGAGUCAGAGCUGAUGGAGCUGUAUCCAGAGAUGUCCUGGCUCUCUCUAAUCUCCAUCAUUCACAGUUUACACAAAAUGCACCUGCUGACUUACAGCUGUGGCCUACUCAGGUUUCAGCAUCUACAGGCCUGGGAAACAGUGAGGCUGCAGUACCUGGAGGACCCUGCCCUCGUGUCUUCAUAUAGGCAAAAGCUCAUUAACUAUUUUACCUCACAGCUCAGUCAGGACAGAGUGACCUGGAGAAGCGCAGAUGAGCUCCCAUGGCUCUUCCAGCAGCAGGGGAGCAAACAGAAGCUGCACAGCUGCCUCCUCAAUCUCUUCGUGUCUCAGAACCUUUACAAAAGAGGACACUUCGCCGAGUUGCUGAGUUACUGGCAGUUUGUAGGCAAAGACAAAGGUGCCAUGGCGACCGAGUACUUUGAGUCCCUGAAGCAGUAUGAGAACAGCGAAGGCGAGGAGAACAUGCUGUGCCUAGCCGACCUGUAUGAAACCCUCGGCCGGUUUCUGAAGGACCUGGGACUUCUCAGUCAGGCCGUGGUGCCUUUGCAGAGGUCCCUAGAAAUUCGGGAGACAGCCUUAGAUCCCGAUCACCCGAGAGUAGCCCAGUCCCUCCACCAACUGGCCGGUGUGUACGUGCAGUGGAAGAAGUUCGGGGAUGCGGAGCAGCUGUAUAAACAGGCCUUGGAGAUCUCAGAAAACGCUUAUGGUGCAGACCAUCCGCAUGCUGCUCGUGAACUGGAGGCGCUGGCGACUCUGUACCACAAACAAAAUAAGUAUGAACAAGCUGAACAUUUUAGGAAAAAAUCAGUUAUAAUUCGUCAGCAAGCCACAAGGCGAAAGGGCAGCCUGUACGGGUUUGCCCUUCUACGCAGGCGGGCUCUGCAGUUGGAAGAGCUCACCUUGGGCAAGGACAAGCCUGAGAACGCCCGCACCCUCAAUGAGCUGGGUGUCCUCUACUUCCUUCAAAAUAACCUCGAGACAGCAGAGCAGUUUCUGAAGCGUUCCUUGGAAAUGAGGGAGCGGGUUCUGGGGCCGGAUCACCCAGACUGCGCACAGUCCCUGAAUAACCUGGCAGCUCUUUGCAAUGAGAAAAAGCAGUACGAGAAAGCAGAGGAGCUGUAUGAGCGUGCCCUGGACAUCCGGAGACGCGCCCUGGCUCCGGACCACCCUUCCCUGGCCUACACCGUGAAGCACCUUGCAAUCUUGUAUAAGAAAACGGGAAAAGUUGACAAAGCUGUACCUCUGUAUGAAUUGGCUGUUGAAAUUCGGCAGAAAUCCUUUGGCCCAAAGCACCCCAGUGUAGCUACUGCCUUGGUAAACUUGGCAGUCCUUCAUAGCCAAAUGAAAAAGCACAGUGAAGCCCUGCCACUAUAUGAAAGAGCAUUAAAGAUUUAUGAAGAUAGCUUGGGGCGAACGCAUCCUCGAGUUGGAGAAACACUGAAAAAUUUAGCUGUGCUCAGCUAUGAAGAAGGGAAUUUUGAAAAGGCUGCUGAACUGUACAAAAGGGCAAUGGAAAUAAAAGAAGCAGAGACAUCACUUUUGGGUGGAAAAGCUCCUUCAAGGCAGUCAUCAAGUGGAGACUCAUUUCUCUUUAAAACAACUCAUUCCCCUAACGUUUUUCUUCCCCAAGGGCAAAGCUAACUGUCAAUUGUUUGCAAGGAUACUUCAAGAUAAAACAGCUAAACAUCUGGAAUAUUCUAACUCAGUGUUUUUAAAGAAAAUCUUUUUUUUUUCCAUCUUAGUGUUAUUUAACUGGCAUUUGUAUGAAGUUGUAUUGAAUUACAUUGAAUUGUCGUGUCAAGUUUAAAUUGAUUAAAGAACCUGUUUCCUAUGGGAUGAGAUCCAGGAUGACGACAUCAGCACUCAGUGGCAUGAGGAGUGGCUUGGUCUCUGCAACAAGAGCUGGCAGGAUCUCAUGGUUUAAGAAAUCCACAGUUCUUUUUUCUCCCUCCAGAGCAGCCUUAGCUCUGGCCAUUCACUGUCUGUUCCUAGCAGGGCUCUGAGCCAGUUCUCUGCCUCAGAGAACUUUCAAGGGCUAAAGGGACGUUUAUAAAAAGUCGGAACAGUCUUCAGUGAAACGAACUAGAUAAGAACUCUUGUUUGUUUUCCUUUUUCUGGGUUUGUGUGAGGAUAUGUGUGCACACACACACACACACACACAUACACACACACACAUGCAUGUACACAUGGAGGACAGAGGUCAGCCUUGGGUAUCAUUCCUCAGGCGCUGUCCACCGUGACUGUUUUUGGUUUUUUUGUUUUUGGUUUUUGGUUUUUUGAGACAGGGUCUCAGUGACCUGGUGCUCUUAACUAGUCUGACUGGCAGUCCACAUCCUAGUGACCCAUACCCCUGCCUCUAUCUCCUAAGACAGGAAUACAAGCUUCCAUCUCUACCCCCAGUUCUCUAAAGUGGGUUCUGGGGGGUUGAACUUGGGUCCUUAUGCUUACAUGGCAGACGCUUCACAAACUGAGCUAUCACCCUAGCCUCUUACCACAUUGUGAAUCUCUGUAGCUUGGGGUGACCAUGAACUCUUGAUCACCCCCCACCCCAGAGUGUUGGGACCUCAGGGGCAUGCUGCCACAGCUGGCUUUGCUUUUGGGCCUUCCUCUUCCCUAAGCUGGUUUAGCCAGCCCCGCUUUCUGUGCUGUCUCCAGGAAGCUUCUCACAGUGCUGCAGUGUCCGAUGGCAUGUGUGCCAGGCUCUUUACCAUUCUCAUCUUGCUUACUGUGGGACAGGUCUAAAAAGCCAGCUACUCGUGGGAUGAGGCACAGGUUCUCAAGGUUAGUACCAGCUUAGAGUAUGGGGUGAGUUCAAGGCCAGCCUGGGCACCUUAGUGAAGCCUUGUCACAAAAUAGAAUAGAGCUAAAGACACAGCAGUAGUAUGCCUCAGACCCUGGGUUUAGUCCUCAGCACACACACACAUACAAAAAGCCAUGACAAAUCCAUUUCUUUCGUAAAUGGUCAGAAUCAGUCUUGCCUUACCUCGCUUAGUUGGUGUUUUUAUACUGGAAAUUAAAUAUUUUUAUAGAUUUGAUAAAUAUUGCCACAUUUUAGAUAUUUGUUUUUAUUUGUAUAUUUAUAGUAAAAUUUUCAAUGAUUUAAAAUCUUAUAAGAUCCCAAUAUGUAUUAUUGUAAAGAUGACAGGCAUAAAAAAAUGUAUGUUUUAAAAUAAAAGUGUAAGUGCAAGUUCUCUCAUUUUGCAUUCUGUAUUAGAGGGCUAUUUUGCAUAGUUAUUUAAGAAUAAACUUUGAACAUG